AUGACAUCGCACCCGCCGAGUACCUCGAGUUGUGGCGAUAGCCUUGGAAUUUCUUCUUCCGAUCCUGCGUGCCUCAACUUCGAGCUCCAUCUCGGUCCCGGCCCAGCCACUUUUACCGGCAAGUUCUAUACUGCGCACAGGACGUCGAUCGCAAGCGUAGUAGACACGCAUACCUCUCGUUCCAAGUCAAGCACUGCACAUGCUUCGACUCCUGCACAUGCUUCGACCCCUGCACUACCUUCCACCAUCGCACAUUCUUCCACCACUGCACAUACUUCCACCAUUGCACCUACUUCAACCACCAAUGACACCUCCACCACCUCACACCGCUUCCAGCGCUCUAUCUCAACGUCAAUCGGAACUUCCACGACGGCAAGUCUGACCUUGCAUUCCUCAUCGGCUGUGGUCACAUCGUCUGCAACACGCGGCGGCACGGAUGCUGGAGUUAAGGGUGGCGCCGCAGCCGGCGUCGUAGCGCUUGUGUUGAUGCUGUUCGCCGCUGUCGUAUUGUUGCGACAGCGACGACGAGGACGUUGCGCCAGGCUCGCAGUCUUGAACAGCAUGUCCAUCGUGAACGACAUCGCGCAAUACCCAUACUCAGCAGCUCCACAAGCCUCGCUCAGUGGAAGGAGGGACAAGGGAGGGACACAGGCGCGGGAAGCGGAUAGCGGCGAGAUGCACAUUCCGGAGACGGCAAGAAUACAGGCUGGUUCCCCUCCGCUUGACGUCGCGGAGGCGCGCACGAUGUUACGACGAUUGGAGCGUUUCAUGCGCUCUGCUGAUGGCGACGUUGGCGGUGAGCCGCGCGCGGCAACUCCAUUCGAUGGUAGAGACUCUGCUACCUUGCCACCGUAUGAUCCUUGA